UCCCAGCCUCGUGGUUGUUGGCGGGGCGCUCGGCACGGCACAGCGCAGCAUGGAGAGCGCUCGGGACUACGCCGGCGCCCUAGUGCGAUCUCUGGUAUCCAUGGGAACAUCUGUGGGGUCGGUGACAAGAAAGACCCUGUUCCCUCCUCUCUCACCUGCAGCCCGACCCUUCCGUGUAUCAAACCAUGACCGCAGCAGUCGGAAAGGAGUUGUUGCAAGCAGUCUGCAGGAGCUUAUUAGCAAGGCCCUAGAUGCCUUGCUGAUUACUGCUGGACUGAUUACUAUAGUUUUGGAGGAAGAUGGCACAGUUGUGGAUACUGAAGAGUUCUUUCAAUCCCUGGGAGAUAAUACACACUUCAUUCUUCUAGAAAAAGGACAGAAGUGGACGCAAGGAGAAAAUUAUAUCCUCGCUGUACAGCAGACUAAGAAAAUGGGGGUAGCCAAUAUUACUCUGGACCUGUACAAGCUGAAUCCAAAGGAUUUUAUUGGCUGUCUAAACAUUAGAGCUACUUUCUAUGAAAUCUACUCUGUGUCAUAUGACAUCAAAUGUAUGGGAGCCAAGACUGUGCUGCGGAGAAUGCUUCGGCUUAUGUCCCAUGUGGCACAAAUAACUGGGCAGUUUCUUCUCUACACUGGAUCUUAUGUGUUGCAGCUGAUGGGUGAAUAUGAGGAAGAUGGCAUGUGUACAAACUCAAAGGGCUAACAAGCCGUCUCACUUCAGUAUCAGUUGCACCUUUUCACACCAGAUGUUCUCCUGUCCAAUUCUAAAGAUGGCUUCAUGAUCUUAAAUUAAAGUAGAUGAGAAGUUCACGUUAGUGGACAAACAUGAAUCUAACCUUUGUCCUUUGGCACACUAGCAGAUCUUUUACUUGUAAGAUAAUGAUGUGACAAUUGUAAAUAUGAUUGGAGUCUUUAGUCUUUUUAAUGCAGUGAAUAGAAAGAGGUCUAAUGCCUGGGAAUUGGGGAAGGAACUUCUGUCCCCUACACUGAUAUCCAAAAUGAAGAAGUAUACAUGGAAGCAUGAGUCUUUUUGUACCAAGUGGUAGAUACCCAUGCAUGGAUCAAGACUUUGUCUUCUGAGUAAACAACAAUGUUGCACCUUCUGAAUGAAUUUGCUGUGACUUUGAAGUUUCUUUUAUGUCCUCAGUAUUGUUCAGAAGUGUUCACCCCCUUGGUACUCAAAUUCUCAGUUAAAUUGUUUCUCUGUAUCAAUGUAAACUAAUAGGUUUUUUCAGUACCAUAGAAUCUGGUGCAAUGAGUUCUUUAAUUAUUUUAAUCAGAUAAUUAGGUAGUUUUAAGGCUGGCAUACAGAUUUUUGCAUUACAGUGCUAAUAUGUAUAACCAUUGCCCUGUAAGUAUACUGAAACUAUGUCCUUGUGAGUACAGCCGCACAGGUUGAUGCACUACUAACUGUAUGGGCUUCUAAAAUGUGAGUUAAAGCAGCACAAAUGGUCAAGAUUUACAUUUUGAUCACUUACUUAACUUGCAUUUCUCUUAAAUGUGUGGGGUGCAUUUACAAUUUCCAAUCCUGCAUUGAAUAAACUGGCUUAAUGUCU